AUGGCGGCAGCAUCUCAAUCACGAGGUAUUAGAAUUGCCAUUGAUAGAGGUGGUACUUUCACCGACUGCGUAGGAGAGCACAAUGGAAAAGAAAUCAUUAUCAAGCUUCUGUCCGAAGAUCCGGCCAACUACAAGGAUGCCCCGCUUGAAGGCAUUCGCCGCAUCAUGAGCCACUUCCUUGGCCGAGAUAUCCCCCGAGGUGAAGCUCUGGAUACUUCAAAGAUCGAAUCUAUCAGGAUGGGAACAACUGUCGCUACAAAUGCAUUGCUUGAACGAAAAGGCGAGAAGAUCGCCAUGGUCGUGACCAAGGGUUUCAAGGACUGUUUGACCAUUGGAAAUCAGUCAAGACCAAAGAUCUUUGAUCUUGCCAUUCGAAAGCCCGACGUGCUGUACGAGAAGGUGGUUGAGAUUGACGAGCGGGUCACACUGGAAGACUACGCCGAGGAUCCCGAAAGGACACAAACCGAGGCGGAGGCUCAAGUCGGUACUAAAGAAGCAGAAGGCAAGACUUUGGUCCGCGGCUUGUCAGGCGAGACAGUGAGAAUCCUCAAAAGAGCCGAGGAAGAUGAUAUUCGAUCGAAGCUCAAGGGUGUUUACGAUCAGGGUAUUCGCAGUAUCGCCGUGUGUCUUAUGCAUGGCUACACUUACCCCGACCAUGAGGCAUUGAUCGGUCGCGUAGCCAAGGACAUCGGCUUCCAGCACAUCUCACUUAGCCACGAACUUAUGCCUAUGAUAAAAUUGGUAUCUCGAGCUACAUCUGUGUGUGCUGAUGCCUAUCUCACCCCGGCUAUUCGAAAAUACAUCGAUGGCUUUCAGGCUGGAUUUGAAGGUGGUCUAGGAACUCGCAGUGUUAAAGAGGAAACGGGCACAAAGGGAGCCAGAUGCGAGUUUAUGCAGAGUGAUGGUGGACUAGUCGAUGUGGAAAAGUUCACUGGCCUGAAGGCAAUCUUGUCAGGUCCUGCUGGAGGUGUGGUCGGGUACGCGAUAACGUCAUAUGACGAAGAAACUAAGACUCCUGUCAUUGGCUUCGAUAUGGGCGGUACUAGCACCGAUGUUUCGAGGUAUGGCGAGGGACGAUAUGAGCAUGUUUUCGAGACGACAACUGCUGGCGUGACCAUCCAGUCUCCUCAACUGGACAUCAACACCGUCGCAGCAGGAGGCGGAUCUCGACUCUUUUUCAGAAACGGACUCUUUGUUGUCGGACCCGAGUCUGCGGGUGCCCACCCAGGCCCUGCAUGUUAUCGAAAGGGAGGACCCGCUACUGUUACUGAUGCUAACCUGGUGCUUGGCCGUCUGCUUCCCGAGUUCUUCCCCAAGAUCUUUGGAGAAAAUGAAGAUGAGGGUCUGGAUGUUGAAGCUAGCAGAAAGGUUCUUCAAGAAUUGGCUGACCAAGUGAACCGGGAAAGCGACAAGAACCUGACAGCCGAUGAAGUAGCGUAUGGAUUUCUGACUGUUGCUAAUGAAACAAUGACUCGGCCCAUUCGAUCUAUUACCGAAGCCAAGGGUCACGAUUCUUCGAAACAUCGACUCGCUACUUUCGGAGGUGCAGGCGGCCAGCAUGCUGUCGCCAUUGCAGAGUCUUUGGGUAUUCAACAAAUUCUGGUCCAUCGAUAUUCCUCAGUUCUUUCGGCAUAUGGUAUGGCUCUUGCGGAUGUUGUCGACGAGCGACAGGAGCCCGAUUCAUUGGUAUGGAAGGACGAUGACAAGACAGUCAGCGAACUGAAGAAGAAAAUGGAGAAGCUCAAGGAUCAAUCACGAAAAUCUCUCAACGACCAAGGAUUCCAAGAGAGUGAAAUCGCCUUUGAGGAAUAUCUUAACAUGAGAUAUCGCGGUACUGAAUCGGCUCUUAUGAUUGUUAGACCGACAGCAGAAGAAGCCAAAGAACACUUUGACGGCAAAGAAUGGGAUUUUGGUGAAGCUUUUGUUAAGCAGCACAGAUACGAGUUCGGCUUCACGCUUGACGAACGAGAUAUUAUUAUUGACGAUGUUCGUGUCCGAGGUAUCGGCAAGAGUUUCCGACACCAGGACGACACAGUGGACAAGCAGCUCAAAGACUUGAAGCAACAGGAAGUCUCUGAUAAGAAGAAGCUCAACAGCCAACAAGUUUACUUUGAAGGAGGCAGAAAGGAUACUCCUGUCUUCAAGCUCGAAGGCCUUCAAGUGGGCGAUUCUAUUCCAGGGCCUGCCAUGCUUGCAGAUGGUACACAGACAAUUGUUGUGACACCAAAAGCAACAGCAAUUAUCCUCAAGACUCAUGUAGUCAUCAACCUGGAAAAGCAGGGAUCAAAGAUCGAAUCUGCUAAGGCAUCUGGGGAUCGGGAAGUUGACCCCAUCAUGCUCAGCAUCUUCGGUCAUCGUUUCAUGGCCAUCGCCGAGCAGAUGGGCCGUGCCUUGCAAAAGACCAGUGUCAGCACAAACGUCAAGGAGAGACUCGACUUCUCGUGUGCUAUCUUUGAUGCAACAGGCGGUCUUGUGGCCAAUGCUCCUCAUCUCCCCGUGCAUCUUGGAUCGAUGUCCACAUGUGUGAGGCGUCAAGCCGAGAUCUGGAAGGGAAAGUUGGAAAAGGGUGAUGUCAUUAUCUCCAACCACCCUUCUUAUGGUGGAACUCAUCUUCCUGAUGUGACUCUUUUGAUGCCGGCCUUUGACGAAAAGGGCGAGAAUAUUCUCUUUUACGCCGCAUCGCGAGCUCAUCAUGCGGAUAUCGGUGGCAUAAGUGCAGGCAGCAUGCCUCCCCACUCACGAGAGCUGUACCAAGAGGGUGCUUCAAUCAGAAGUGAGAAGCUUGUGAGCGGUGGAAAGUUCAAUGAGAAGCGAGUGGUGGAAUUGUUCUACGAAGAACCUGCCAAAUACCCUGGCUGUAGCGGAACACGUUGUUUGGCCGACAACAUCAAUGACUUGAGAGCACAAGUAUCGGCCAACCAGAAGGGCAUCUCAUUGAUCGAGUCCCUGAUUGCUGAGUAUGGCGAAGAAACGGUGCAGUUUUACAUGGUUCAUAUCCAAAACAAUGCCGAGCAGUGUGUGCGCCGACUGCUCAAGGAUGUCUACAAACGAUUCGAAGGCAAGGAUUUGUCCGCAGUCGAUUUCAUGGACGACGGUUCCCCUAUUCGAUUGAAGAUUCGGAUCGAUGCUGAAAAGGGAGAGGCCGAAUUUGAUUUCUCUGGCACUGGCCCAGAGGUAUACGGCAACAUCAACGCACCACAAGCUAUCACGUUCAGUGCCAUCAUCUACUGCCUGCGAUGUCUCAUCUCAGAAGACAUCCCUCUGAACCAGGGAUGCUUGAAGCCAAUCCACGUCAAGAUUCCUCCCAAGUCUAUCUUGUCACCAUCACCUGGCGCGGCUGUCGUCGGAGGAAACGUUCUCACCAGUCAGCGCAUCACCGAUGUCAUUUUCAAGGCAUUCCAGGCCUGUGCUGCUAGUCAAGGUUGCUGCAACAAUUUGACCUUUGGAUUUGGCGGCAACCAGGAUGGAGCUGAAGCAGUCAAGGGAUUUGGCUAUUACGAAACAAUUGCUGGUGGAAGUGGUGCGGGUUCUGACUGGGAGGGUACAAGCGGUGUUCACUGCCACAUGACAAAUACUCGCAUCACAGAUUCAGAGAUAUUUGAAAGACGAUACCCAGUUCUCCUCCGCGAAUUUUCCAUCCGCUCUGGGUCAGGAGGGCAAGGUCAGCAUCGCGGCGGUGAUGGUGUCAUCCGCGACAUUGAGUUUCGCAUUCCUCUUCAAGUCUCCAUCCUCAGCGAGCGCCGUGUCUACCGUCCUUAUGGCUUGAACGGCGGAGGCGAUGGAGAAUGUGGCCUCAACCUCUGGGUCCGAAAGGUUGAAAAGGCAAACUGGGAGGCAUCCCUGAAGCAGUUUCACACCAAGGAUGAAGCAGGUGAGGUAGAGUAUGAGGAGAGGAACGUCAACAUGGGAGCUAAGAACACAGCUGCAAUGAAGGCUGGAGAUCGCAUCAUCAUCUGCACACCUGGAGGAGGUGCGUGGGGAGCUGAGGGAGCUGAGAGUGUAGCUAAGAAGAAGGUUGAUCAUACUGAAGCGUGGAGGAAGGGAAGUGGUAGUGCGAGGGAUGAAACUGCGCUUCAGGCUUAG